UAAACGUAAUUUUUUAUGCGGCCAAAAUAACUCAAAAUACCGUUUAAACAGUUAUCACACCAAAACCCGCACUCACGACACUCGGUCUCAACACAAUGGAAAAAUCUUAACACCUAACAGAACUUUCGAAAUGAUCUGCAGUAAACGGAAUCCCAAUCGCUUCGGCGCGGCGGCUUAUCAGGGAUAAGGCUGAGUUCACUAUCGGAAAACCGAGGCUAUUCACUAGUUUCGUCGAGAUCCGCAUACCACCCGGAUCGGGGAUACCAGAUACCAUUACAUCUUUUUGGCAUGUACCAAUUCUGUUCCUUUCACUGAUUGGCCGGCUUUAGCCAAUUACUGCAAACCAAUCAAAACGUUUGGUUACGCGGGCUGUUCGUGAUCAAAUAAAUGGCUCUUCGGAUUAGUGGCAAGCGUGAAAAGGUUUCUAUGAAACCAGCCAUCCUAUGAAAAAUGUCACGGCUUAAAAGCCUGCAAUCUUUCAGAUUAGUCGCGUACUUUCGAACAUAGCAGCUUAUGAUAAGCUUGAUAAUAACGAGAUCUAACAAUGCUCCUACUGGCAGAAGCUGGGCGCUCUUUGAACAAAGAUUUGACAAGUCUCUUUCGGCACAACCUUCAAACGCCUCGCGUUCUUGACCGGCUUGUACACGAGCUUCACAGUGAUAAAGAGCUGUGCAGUUACUUGUUUCUUAACCAUCCCGGCUCGGAAGACAUGCUGUGGGGACUUAUGAACCUUUUGACGGAAGAUUCCCGGACUGCUGGUAAUGCAUCAUAUGUGAUUGGGACACUGGCUGAGACAGACCUGGGAAAAAGGAGAAUUGUUCACAUAUGCACAGACAGAGGAGACCAAGCCAAGAAAAUCUUGCCAGCGCUCACCAACAUGCUGGACAUGUCUGAAACUGAAACUGUCAUGAAUGCUGCAGGAACUAUGGGAACUCUGGCAGAAGAUGCCGAGUGUCGCAUGUGGAUGCUACGGGAGGACUGUUUGGAUGAUGCUAUGAUCAAACUAACAAACUUACUAUCUUCCAAAGACAUGUGUACGGCUAGCAAUGCUGCCUUGGUCUUAGCCAGACUGACAAUUGCUGAGGAAGGAUGUGCCAGGAUUUUAAACCACCGAAGUUCCACUCAUACCUUAGUACAGCUAUGCAAAGCAUUAGGAGCUGAUGAGACAGGAAGAGGAAUGAAUGCUGCAUUUGCCAUCGGGAGACUGUGUGAUUUUGAAGCUGGAUGUAAAAGGAUUUUAUCUUUGAAAACAUCUGAUUCAAUGAUCAACUCACUUAUUGACAUGCUGCACUCAAGUGACUCUGGAUGCUGCAAGAAUGCUUGCUUUGCUUUGAGCUGCAUUGGGUCCUUAGCUCAGGGGCAUCAGCGACUACGAGAACAUGAAAGGAUCAAUGGUGUCGUAGAGGUGCUUUGUUCUCUCCUCGCUUCUAAGGAUGAAGAAAGCAUAUGGUUUUCAUCCAUGAUGCUGCAUACUUUUGCUUGCCAGAAAAGUGGUUGUUUGUUUUUGAGGACUCAGCCUAAUGUAGAGCAGUCAUUGCAGGAUCUCUUAGAGAGACCAAGCCUGAAAGAGGAUACUAGAGAAGAAGCUGAAGCAACUUUAGCAAUUUUGGAAAAAUUGCCUAAACCUACACCACCUAAUGUUAAAGUGGAGAGUGCCUAUAGCAUUAUUGUGACCUGGGAUGCUAUUCACCCCAAGAGUGGACUUGAUGUUACCUAUCUGCUUUUUCAAGAUGGGAAAGUGGUUUACUCUGGUCCAAGAACAAGUUACAUAACAAGUGAUCUUACACCAGUCACAAGGUACAGUUUCCAUCUGCAAGCCUCUACUGAAGGAGAUGAUAGUCCACAAAGCAAAGUUGUUUCCGUCUUUACUCUAGAAUCAGUCCCCAGUGCACCCCAAUGCCUCAGAGUUUUAAACAAAUCCACGUCACAAAUUAAAAUCAUCUGGGAACCACCAGCUACAUCAAAUGGAGUGCUGAAGGGCUAUCAAAUUGUAGUGAGAGGUAAGACAACCAGCCUUGAAAUCCAUGAAAACUGCUUUAUUCUAUCAAGUCUGCCUCCAGACACUGAAUAUACAUUCCAGGUGUUUGCCCUGACAAGUAUGGGGCGAGGAGAAGCAGCCAUUAUUACGACAGCCACUGAUGACCUAGCAUCACAUGCUCCACCUAAACCAGUUGUUCAGGUGCUGGGACGACAUGAGCUGAUGGUAACGUGGGAGAGUCCUCCUAAACCACUUGGAAGAAUAAAUAGCUAUGAAGUCAGAGUUGAUGACAUGGUAUGUUAUUUGAAAAAGAAGUUGGUUGUUUUAAUUUAAGGUGGCUCCCUAUAGCUUUACGAUCGCACAAGCGCUGAGGAAGCAAUCUGCGCACGCUCAAAGGUAAACGUCAGUGUUUUUCGAUAUUUUAUUAUGUCAACAUGAGCACAAAAAGCAAAA